GAAGAAAGAAAUGUACGAUGUUAAUGAUGCUGUAACAUUUACUUGCAAGGAUCAUAAUAUUCCCCCGUAUGGUAUGCUGCGUUGGCGGGGCAAGACAGUUAAUUAUGGUGUCACAUUUAAAGAAAACAAGUUUUCUCUGGAUAAUACUUUGAAACUAUACGUGAAUGAGAGCCACCACGAAAUGCACAUCACUUGUGUAGUAUACUACGCCACCAGGUCUACAAUUGUGUCCAAUGUUUUUAUUAUAAUUGUUGAUGAUGUAACACUCCCUAAAGUAAAGUCGAAUUCCGCAGUUCCGACAUCUUCGUCCUCCAUAAAUCCUCCAAACGGAUCUGUUACUAGCGGUCUGACAACAAAAGCACCUGUAAACGCGUCAUCAGGUUCAUCCUUACUUUGGAUCGGUGUGGGUGUGGCUCUACUUAUUGUAUUGCUCAUCAUUAUAGCCAUUUCAAUUUACAUAAUACAAAAGAGGCGCAAUGUUACUGCGAAGGUUAACGAUAAGCCCGAUACUGAUCAGGAGCCAGUCUACAGCUACGCAACUGCACCGGUAAUGAGCUGGGAAGAAGCGCGCGCGCGGGCUGCAAACAACCGUCCGCUGCCGCGAUAUCAGACCGUUGUGCCCAGUCUGCCGCCACGAAACGCCGAUCAGGCUGAAUACUCAUAUAUCGACCCUAAGAAUUUGAGAAAAUGAACAAUCCUUAUAGAGGCGUAAAGUUAUCGCAAAUAGACGAAACUCAACAAAAUAAAGAAAAUAACAUUACCUCUUUUUAUAACCCCCUUCA